AUUGUCUUGUUUACUUUGCUACAGAGCUGACGUACUGUGAAAGGACCAAUACGACGUAAUAUGAACUUAAAUAGUGCUGUGUUAAAAUAAAUUUUCAAUUUUUGACAAGUUUUUUGGUGAUCAAUCCUAAAGUUGCAAGGUCUAUGAUCAAUGUUAGAGAAAAUGACAGGGGAGAGUUUGGAGGAGCUCGCAGUGCGGCUGUUCGACGCGGGCGCGGUGCGGCUGGGUGACAUUGAGGCCAAGCUUGGCCGCCGCACCCCAAUUUACUUUGACCUCAGGGUCAUUGUCUCACAUCCCAAGCUCAUGAUGGCGAUAUGUAGACAAUUACAGAAUUUAGCGAAGGAAAUACCUCACGAUAUACUUUGUGGUGUGCCAUAUGCAGCUUUGCCGUUCGCAGCUGUCAUGUCAGUUAAUACAAAUACACCAAUGAUUAUGAAGAGAAAGGAAACAAAAUUAUAUGCAACUAAAAAAAUCUUAGAAGGAGUGUUCGAGAAAGAUCAGAAAUGUUUAAUCGUCGAGGACGUAGUGACAUCUGGUGGCAGUUUAUUGGAAGCAGUAACAACUAUUCGCGCCGAAGGUUUACAAGUUUCACACGCUGUAGUAGUUCUCGAUAGGGAACAAGGUGGCGCUAGUGUGUUAAAAGCAAAUGGCGUCCAAGUAAAGUCUGUGUACACGAUGACUAAUUUAGUGAAAAUAUUAAGGAACGCUGGACGAAUAAGCGAUGAAACGGCCGAAAUAGUAUCUGAUCACAUCAAGGAAUGCCAAUUCGGUUACUCGGUUUAGAUUUAUGGUAAAAGUCGAAACUGGAUUAAGAAAUUGAAGAACAUUCACGAUUUAAUGCUUUUUUUCUAUUUUCAUCACUUACUUAGAUCUGAAAUAAGCUCUCAUUUAUACAUUUGUUGGUAUUGUACUUAUUUAAUUUUAUUAAUUAAUAAACUAUGCGAAGGACUAUUUA